AUGGGGAAAGCUGAGUAUGGGACAGAAGGAGCCCCAGUUAAGCCUGCACCUUCCUGGCAUGGCUCCCUGUCCAUGGGAAUUCCAGCCUUUUUGGAAUUACAGAACGCUACCUUGGAUAGAGUGGGACAGGGUUCCCACUUUGUUCUGAGGAAGAUUUUGGGACUUGAAAGAAAGCUGGAGUGUGACAGGAUCACCUCCUCUUGUGCCCUGCUUGCCCUGUGCCAACCAUCCCAUUCAGCCCCAUCAGGGAGCAGUGCUCAGUCUUCAGCCUUGUGCUCUAAUGACAUCCUGGAGGCAGGAGCCUCCCUGGCCAAGAGAUCAUGCAGCUCCCUGCUGAGGGGCAUUCCAGAAAGUAUACCUGUCAUUGCCCCUGAGGACAUCCACCACUGGGAUUCUGUGUCCCUGAGACCAUCUAUCCGAUUUGAAGGAAGUCAAGGACAUAUCUCCAUACCCCAGCCUGACUGCCCUGAAGAGCUGCGGGCCUUCUCCUUCUACCUCUCCAAUAUUGGCCGAGACAGCCCUCAGGGCAGCUUCGACUGCAUCCAGCAAUAUGUCUCCAGCCAUGGGGAUGUACACCUGGACUGUCUGGGCAGCAUCCAGGAUAAGGUCACAGUGUGUGCCACUGAUGACUCCUACCAGAAGGCCCGACAAAGCAUGGCACAGGCAGAGGAGGAGACUCGGAGCCGGAGUGCCAUUGUCAUUAAGGCUGGAGGCCGCUAUAUGGGCAAAAAGGUUCAGUUCCGGAAGCCAGCACCAGGGGCAGCCGAUGCAGUGCCCUCCCGGAAACGGGCCACCCCCAUCAACCUGGCAAGUGCCAUCAGAAAGAGCAGUGGGAGUGGAGCCAACAGUGUGGCACAGAGGCCCUUUCGAGACAGGGUGCUGCACCUACUGGCCCUGAGGCCCUAUAGGAAGGCUGAGCUGCUGCUGCGGCUACAGAAAGACGGGCUGACACAGUCAGACAAGGACACCCUCGACAGCCUGCUGCAGCAGGUGGCCAGUGUGAACCCCAGAGACAGCACGUGCACCCUGCAGGACUGCAUGUACAAAGAUGUGCAGAAGGACUGGCCUGGCUACUCUGAGGGGGACCAGCAGCUACUGAAGCGUGUGCUCAUGCGGAAGUUGUGCCAGCCACAGAGUGCCGUCUCAGACUCCACCAGCUCCAGCCCACCCCGGGAGCACGGGCGCUCCGCCUCACCCUCUCAGAAACGGCCACAGCCCACAGACUUCAUUGACCCCCUGGCCAGCAAGAAGCCCCGGAUCUCACACUUCACACAGCGAGCACAGCCCACCCUCAAUGGCAAGCUGGGUGCCCCCAAUGGCCACGAGACCCUGCUGCCCACCCCAGGGCCUACCUCCAUGGACACCCUCAGCUCUAGCCAUCUGCCCCCACGGCUGGAGCCCUCACGAACCCAUGACCCCCUGGCUGAUGUCAGCAAUGACCUAAGCCACAGUGCCCAGGACUAUAAGCACCAGGAGGCCACCCCAGCCCCAGCCCCUCACCUUAGCCUGCCCCUGCUGACGGACUUUACCCAGUCUGAGCGACCUGCUGGCUCCUCACACAUCCAUAGCCGACCCAAGAAGAAGUCCAAGAAGCACAAGGACAAGGAGCGGCCCCCGGAGCACAGACCCCCAGCCCCACAGUCUGAUGUCCCUGCCACCCCUGCUCUGCUCCCAGAUGCACUAGGUCUGAAUGGAGCCUGUGCCAGUGCCCCCACGCCCACUUCAGAGAGCCCGGACUACUUGCUGAAAUACCCCGCCAUCUCAUCGUCAGAGCAGCGUCAGAGCUACAAGAACGACUUCAAUGCCGAAUACAAUGAGUAUCGGAGCCUGCAUGCGCGCAUCGAGCAGAUCACGCGCAGGUUCACACAGCUUGAUGCCCAGCUCAGGCAGCUGAGCCAAGGCUCCGAGGAGUAUGAGACAACCCGUGGGCAGAUUCUUCAGGAAUACCGGAAAAUCAAAAAGACCAACACCAACUACAGCCGAGAGAAGAGACGCUGCGAGUACCUGCACCGCAAGCUGGCGCACAUCAAGCGCCUCAUCGCAGAGUAUGACCAGCGGCAGUUGCAGGCCUGGCCCUAGCACGCCAGUGGGCUGUGCUGAUGGCUCUGCCUGCCUUUUCUACUUUUCUAUGAACUCGGCCCUUUGGCUGCCGCAGAGACUGUCUAUUUUUGUACCUUUUCUACUCUGUGCCUCCUCCACGGCCCACACCUCCAGGGUUAGAGGCUCCAGGGACAGUCAGCAGAGUGCCAGGUCCUGCUGCCUUCAGAUCCGUACUGGCAAGGUCACUGCAGCUCCCAGGCAGUGCCCAAAGCCCUCCGCAUUGACCUCAACAACAUAUGGUCUUCAGCAGCUGCGUCCCCCACCUGCUGUUCAUGUCACACUGAGGCUGUGUGGUCCUGUGCUGUUAGCCCCGCUCCAUCCCUCCAUCCAUUUGUGAAUCCUGGGGUCCUCUCUGCUGGUUUCCCACGGGGUGGGGGGAGGAGGCUAAGGGUGGUGCCUUGCUUGCCUUCUCCAGGGCGCAGGCCUGUGGCCCCCAAUUGCUGCUUUUACUGUGCCUCGUCUUCUCAUACCCCAAAUCCUAGGGGCCAUUGGUGUGAGUGUAUGUGUGUGUGUGUGUGUGUGUGUGUGUGUUUGGUGUGAAUGGUGUGAAUGGAUUCUCAGCUGUGCACAGAGAGGGAAUCUUUGCUGGGGAUGUGUUGGAAGCGGUAGGGUCACUGCUACUCAUAGCUGCAAAAUGGGGAGAACAGAAACUCAAAUACAGAUGUCUAUUUUUCUAAACCUUGGUGGUGUCUCUGGAUGGCUUCCAAAGAGCCUGGCUACCAGGAGGCACUUGCCUAGUCCAGUCCCACCCCACUCAGCUCCUAGCUUUCCUUUGGGGUCCCUGGGGUCCCCAGACCCUAGAGGAAACCAACACUUCCUAUUUAAAUAGCUGUUGGUCUCUAAAUGGGGCUGGGCCAGAUUCUGCACAGAGCAUGCCCCACACAGCCGCACUGCGCAGGCUCUGCGUGGACCCGACCUAGCGUGCCCCUCUCCUGCCGUGGGACUCCACCCAGGGACCGGUAGCUGAACUGGUCUGUUUUGUUGUCUGAGAUUUAUGAAGGGAAGGGCAGGGCCGGGCCCUGGGGCUGCAGGUGCUGGCAGGUUAAAGAUAGUCUAACUUAUUGGUGGUCUCUGCCUUUGGACUGUACAGUGGGUAGUCUACUUUGAGCCAUGGAGUUGGUGUUUACAGUCUUCACUUUUGCCAAAACAAUUGACAGGAGAGGCAGCGCCUCCCCGGGACCCUUUCUGGGAACCUGUCUUUUGUGCACUAAGCAGGUGAACCGCCGACUUUUAAAGUCUAUAAUAAAUUUGAUGGAAUUGAA